AAAGAGAAGGCCAUUUUAAGUGGCUAAUGAAGAAAUAAGUCGCUUUUGCAAUCGGUUUGUUUAUUUUGGUUGGGACUUCCUUCGUGGACGCUCAGCAUUCAGUGUGGUUCAGUUGGUGCGGACGAUUUUUCGGGGUUUCUUUUAAAUCAUUGCGCAUAUUUUUCAGUGCACUGUGCAAGAAGAAAAGAUAAUAAUAGCUACCAAAUCAUCACGCAAUAUCCGCCAAGGCGACCAUUGAAAAUUGGGCAAUUAUGGACUGUUUGCUGCAGGAAAUGGGAACACUUCCCCAGCUAUCCAUCAUCAAAGGACCAACCAGGGCCUUGCAGGCGAACGUUUUGCAUAAGUUGUUCGAAAAUGUAGCCAAUGGCGAGAGCGCGCAAAAACCGGCAGUCAUUUUUGCAGGAAACGAAUCUUCCAGGCAUCACACCUAUGAAGAAAUCGACAAAAUCACAAACAAAAUUGCCCGGACCAUACAGGAGACUGUUCAGAAGAAUAAUCUCCCCAGAAAUCAGGAUGGGGACUAUAUUGUGGCUGUUAACAUGCAUCCAAGUGAUAGCUUGGUGAUAGUCCUGCUAUCCAUAUGGAAAUCUGGCUGUGCGUAUCUUCCACUGGAUCAUGCAUUUCCCGGGCCAAGAAUCGAGCACAUAAUUCGCGAGUCCAGACCUGUGAUGGUGAUUUAUGAUGAAGAUUCCCCGUUCUAUUUGGACACAUUCAAGCUAUCGGCGGGCGAAAUUUUCAAGCACAGCGAAAAUCAACCAAACACCAGCUUGAACGGAUCCCCAAUUUUACAACAUGAAAAAGACGAUCUGGCUAUUGUCCUCUAUACAUCCGGAAGCACCGGAGUGCCCAAAGGAGUACGAUUACCUCACAAAGUGAUCCUCAACCGGCUCCAAUGGCAAUUCAAACGCUUCCCCUACAGCCUCACCGAAAAGAUGUGCGUCUUUAAAACAGCCCUCACUUUCGUAGACAGUGUAAGCGAGAUUUGGGGGCCCUUAUUGAAUGGCUUAUGCAUACUCGUAGUCCCGAAAGCUCUGACCAAAGACCCGGAAAAACUGGUGAAUCUCAUCGAUGAAUAUCAGAUCGAACGGCUAGUUCUGGUGCCUUCACUGUUGAGGAGUAUUUUGGCUUACCUUCAACUGCAGGUGAGGAAAUGGUUGGAAAACCCCAACCACAAACCUAAACCGUUUUGUUUUGCAUUGCAGAACAACGCACAGGCAUUGAAAUCGCUGAAAACUUGGGUAUGUUCGGGUGAAACUUUGGCAGUUUCCCUAGCAGAGGAGUUUUUUCGAUACUUCAAAGAAAACGGAGCAAAACUGUGCAACUUCUACGGCAGCACCGAGAUUAUGGGGGAUGUGACUUAUCACGUUAUCGAAGCUGUGAGUCAGUUGCAGCAUCUGCACAAAGUGCCUAUUGGCUUACCCUUGGAUAACACCAUGAUAUAUUUGCUAGACAAGGAUUUUCGUCCGGUGAAAGCUGGAGAAGUUGGGGAACUGUUCGUGUCUGGAAUGAAUUUGGCUGCUGGAUAUGUGAAUGGUCGAGACCCGGAAAAAUUCGUCGAAAACCCCUUGGCAAUUGACCCAGUCUUCUCCAAAUUAUUCCGCACUGGAGACUUUGCAAAGAUCGAAAAGGGCACUUUGGUCUACGAGGGAAGAACGGACUCGCAAGUGAAAAUUCGCGGACAUCGAGUGGAUUUAUCGGAGGUCGAAAAAGCCGUCAAUUCACUGGAAGGAGUGGAUAAAGCUGUUGUUUUAUGCUACAAACCAGGCGAACUCAGUCAAGCCCUUCUGGCCUUCGUUACGACUAAAGAGCUGCUCAGUGAGCACCAAAUCGAAAUUUUGCUCAGAGACAAACUCACCAACUACAUGAUUCCUCAAGUGAUUCUGACUGAACACAUUCCCUUGCUGGUGAAUGGAAAAGUCGAUCGACAAGGUUUGCUCAAAAUGUAUGAAAACACCAACAACAACGAUGAUUCUAUGCCGGAAGUUGAGAUCAGCUAUGAAGGAGUGCCAGCGCAUCAGCGACCAGCUGCAAAAGAUCUGUUUGAAACAGUGGCAGCAAUUUUGGGGCGAUCGGUUAGGGAUGCGAUUUCAGUGAACGCAAACUUUUACGAAGUGGGCGGCAACUCCCUGAACUCCAUAUUCACCAUUUGCAGACUGACGGAAAAGGGCUAUCAUAUAAGCAUCGGGGACUUUAUAUCGGCCAUCGACUUUGGCGAAGUGCUCCAAAGAAUGACUGAGGAUACGAAAAUCAUGAAACAACCCCCAAGCUUCGCCGCUGAACUGCUGAAACCGGACUACAAAACGCCCGUUUUAGACAUGGUAACAACCAGCUUCUACAACAAGGCCGAUUUGGAGCAGGAGAUUAUUUCGGAACUCUCAGUAUCGGACUACGACGAGCUGAUGGAGGCGCUUUGGCAGCCUUUGUUGGACAAAAACCUCAGCUUCGUCGCCAGAAACGAAGCGGGAAAACUAUGCGGAGUUGCCCUCAACUUUGACGCCCGCGAUGAACCUGAGGUCGAAAUCAAGUCCAAGCUGAACAUAAUCUUCGAGUUUCUAGAAAGCGUUGAAGGCCCAAUAAGAGACCAGCAACUUCCAGCUGGAAAAGGCACAAUCCUACACUCGUUUAUGAUGGCCACUCAUUCGUCAUUGACGCCCAAAGAAAACGUUGCGGUUUUCCAGUUUAUGGAAGAAGAAGUGCAGCGACUGGCCAAAAGCAGAGGAUUUGCGGGAAUAUUCACCACUAACACCAGCCCUUUGACCCAGCAACUGGGAACCGACGUUUACAAGUACCAAAACAUGCUGACCUAUCAAGUGAACCAAUACGUGGCCAGCGAUGGAACCAAACCCUUCGGAUUGGCUCCGGAUGACAAAAGAGUGAUAGUUCAAUGGAAACCACUCAACUAAGAAACGAGUUUUUUUGGUAUUUUAGCCCCAGUUAAUAUUUGUGUGAUAUAUGCAACUUGCCAAAGGCUGGCUGGUUGCUUGUUCGGUUGUGUUAUUCGAUAAAUCAGCUACAGUUAAUUUAUUUGAUUAGGUUGUAGAGCUAAUAGUCCAGCAGUGUCAAUCGCAAGCAAAUAAAAGACAUAAAGAUUGUAAUAUUUGCCGAUAAUCUAAUAAAUCGCCGGAAAUUGAA